GCCACCACAGGGGCACUUAGCCAACCACUGGGGAAACUAGAAAAUUCUGCUGAAAUGCUAAAUUACAUACCAUAGACUAUACAACGCAUCUCAGAAACUAAUUAGCUUCAUUUGAGAAGGGUUGUUCUAACAGGGGUAAACUUUUCCACAGAAGACACAGGUUUUGAAGAGGAUGACAGCUAUUAAGAUGUUCACACCACUGUGCAAAUUUCUUCUUCUUGGAGAGAUGGUUCAUGCGCUAGCUGGGACUGAGCCCUCUGCCAUACAACAGGAUAGUGGUCUCAUGUCAGCCAAUGUUGGAGACACGAUGGUUCUGCAAUGCCUCUAUAAAGGCGACAUGGCCAUGCAUUUCUCCUGGUACAAGCAGCCCUUCAGAGAAAAACCUCAUCUCAUCUCAACCAUCUAUAAGUAUGACAAAUAUGCUACAUUUUACCAUGAGUUUAAGGAUAACCCUCGGUUCUCAGUGCAAAGCAGCAACGGCGUAAAUCACCUCAGCAUCUCAGACAUCAAAAGCUCGGAUGCAGCCACGUACUACUGUGGGAGCGCACACUCAAAUGUGGUGGAAUUUGGAAAAGGGACCAUUCUCAAUGUAAAAGGUUCAGAGUCCAACAGCAUGUCUGUGCUCCAGCAGUCUGUGUCUGAGUCAGUCCAGCUAGGAGACUCUGUGACUCUGAACUGUACAAUACACACUGAGACCUGUGCAGGAGGACACAGUGUCUAUUGGUUCGGACAUGGCUCAGGAGAAUCCCAUCCAGGAAUCAUUUACACCCAUGGAGACAAGAGUGAUCAGUGUGAGAAGAGCUCUGAGGCUGGGUCUCCUACACAGACAUGUGUCUACAACCACCCCAAGAGGAACCUCAGCCUCUCUGAUGAUGGGACUUACUACUGUGCUGUGGCCUCAUGUGGGGAGAUACUGUUUGGAGACGGGACCAAGCUGGACAUUCAUGGUGGUGACAUUCAGGUUGCGACUGAAGUGGAUAUGAGAAUCCUUGUCCUCCUCUCCAUCAUAAGAACUGGAGUUCUCCUUUGCUGUCUGACCAUCAUCUUCUUCAUCUACCUCAUCAGGAAAUAGAUAUAUUCUAUGAUUCAGUUUCAUCAUUUUAAAUUGUGUUUUUUUACAUUGGAUGAAAGUAGAGCAACGAAAUUGCAAAUCAUACACUGCAUUUGAGGAACAAUGGGAAAGUAAUUCUGCUUUGAAAGUUGAUAAACUUGUAACCUCACUUUUGAGAAAAUGGCCUUUGAAUGUUUUGGAACCUACUGGAGAACUUUCCUUUGUCUACAUUCAGCAGUGUUCACACCCUCUUAAGCCAGCCACACCCAUCUCUUUAACGAUUCACAUAUGAGGUCCUGUGCUAAACUGUGAGUAGUGUAGUAAAGAUUAAGACUAAAAGUGGUAAAAGUAGUAGCCUACAAUAAGGAAAAAUCCCAGGUAAACAGAAAGUGUCCAGAUAUUUAUUUUUUUACAAAUAUUAGAUGAUGCUUACCCAGACACACUUGUCUAAAUUGAUGGGUCAUGUGAAAUAAAUGCUUUAACCCCCCGGCCACACCCAGUGGUGGAAAAAGUACUUAAUUGUCAUACUUGAGCAAAGGUAAAGAUACCUUAAUAGAAAAUGAGUCAAGUAAAAGUCACACACUAAAAUACUACUUGACUAAAAGUCAAAAGGUAUUUGGUUUUAAAAGUACCAGAUGUAAAUAGAAUUGCUAAAAUGUACUUAAGUCUCAAAAGUAAAAGUAAAAGUAUAAAUAAUUACAAAUUCCUCACAUUAAGCAAACCAGUUGGCACAAUUUUAGCCAGGGGCACACUCCAAUACUUAGCAUUUGUGUUUAGUGAGUCUGACAGAUCAGAUGCAGUAGGGAUGACCAAUGGUUAUUUGCAUAGUAGCAAUAUCAGAAAAAGAUAGCGUCAAUAUAAAUAAAAUAAUAUACAGUUUGUACAAGAACAAUAUCAACAAUGAUAUCAGUGAUAGACGAGGUAGUUAUAUGCAUACAAUCAGGGGUAAAGUGGCUGAGCAUCAGGAUAAAAUAGUAGCAGAAACAUAUUGUGUUUGUUAGGAGAGAGUAAUUUGAAUAGAGGCACUGCAGAUAGUGCUGAUGACUGGUCCGUCCAAACUAUGCAUGAACAAAGGAAUCUAUCCAGGGCAUGUUAUGUCAAUAGCCUCUUCGUCGCAAAACUCCCUGAUCUUCUCAAAAGAUACAUUUGUCAAGCUGUGUCCAGUCCAGGUGGUGCUUGUACAAGCAGACCAUCUAUGGGAGGAAGGAUGUCAGCGUUGCGCAGCAGCUGAAACCUGGUCCCGACUGAGUCUGAACGCUCCUUCGGCAUCAACAACACCAGAGUCCAGAACAUCGAAGCUGUAAAACAGGAAAUAAUAAAAAAAUUGUAGACAUUACAACCUUGCACAACAUCAAUUCACCUCCCAAGUUUAGAUAAGAAGAAUAAUAUAAUACAAUGAAAAUGAUAUUCACCUGAAGUGCUGGUACUGCUUGAUCUGUGGCAGUAGCCUGAAGUACGGCGUCAAGUGUUGUUGCCAGCCAUAGCUUUCCACCAGCACCGUACCAUCCUCCAGUCCAACCAGUUGUGGGAUGUUGACCCCUGUCACAGUGCUGUCCUUCACAACACCAUAAAUCUCAGACAGUAUUCACUCUGGUCUUUCUGAAGCGCUGCUUGAUGAGGCCGAAGCAUCAGUCGGGGGUAAACUUGGUGUGGCCUGUGAUCAGGAAGUGAAGUCUAGACUGUGGUGGAGCUUAAGCAUGGUCCGCCAGGCACAAUGCCAGAGCACAAACUUGUUCUUGUUUUGUCCACUGCAGUUAUCACAACUCAGGUCCACAUGUGGUUCCCCAACUUCGUAGUUGGUGAAGAAAUGGUGCAUGUAGUUGAUGACUGCGCUGCUGCCUUUGCUGGAUGACAUACCUUCAUCAAUCAAGUAGUUGACUUGUUGUGGUAUUCCUUCACAGUGGACACCAAACAAGCCACACUUGCGGGGAGUUAAAAAGUAGAUGGGACCUGGCUGCAUAGGGUCAGAAGGAUAGAGCACCUGCAAACAACAAAAUAACAUUAAGAUCAAUUUAUGAAAAGAAAAUGUAAUGUAGCGAAAAUGAAAAUGUAACGUAAAACAUAAUGUAUGGUUUUAAUAAUUUGUCGUUUCACUUACCUACAAAUGUGCGAAGCAGCAUCACUGCAUACAGCAACAUAAUCUUGGAAACUGGAAGUUAAAGUGAUAACACACAGCCCGACUACACAUACCUCUGGAAAAUACAGAAAUAAUGUGAGCUCAAUAAAUGUAGUUCCAAUCAUGUUGGUUGGUCAAUUAAAUAAUCAAAACAUAUUGUUUAAGCUUUAUAUACCAUGUGUUGUCAUCAAUUCCUUGUAGAGAUGCCACACGGCUGCUUUUGUCACAUGGGAUGGCAGCAACUUUGCACCAAAGAGUUUGUGUCCUGGGUGGUGUCCUGGUAAUACUAUUGCAUUAUCCUCUGCGUAGUUGGUGAUGAAGUUCACCACUCGCUGCAAGUCCUCAUGCUUCAGGUGUAACCUGUGCUUGCUUGGGUCAGCUCUCUUUUUGAUGGGAUGCGUUAGAAUAUUCUCCUUGUAUGACUGGUGGAGGAGAGUCAGGCGUGUUCUAAUGAUGCUGAAAGACAAAUUACAGAUGCAUAUAUUUUGGCAUUAUUAUACAAUAGAUAGCCGUAAUCACCGUCAGACACAACUGGCUAACUUGAUGGGCCAUGUAUCAUCUGGCAGGUUGGUUGGUGUCUUUUGUUGAGAUACUAGCUAAACAAUGAACCAGAAUCCUAAUCCAAAGAGUACUAGCAAUACGAACUGGUUGUCAUAGGUAGCUAAAAUGAUCCAAAUAGGUGCAAUGUUAGCUAGUUAGCUAGAUAACAUUAGGCUAUAACUAGCAAUGCGAAAUGGCAUUCUGAGAUAGCAUUACUACACACAGAUCAUAAACGUAAUGUUAGCUAGUGAGCCAGCCAUCUAAUGUCAGCUAGCUAGCUAGCUAACAGUACGCUUUAACUUGCAAUGAAAAGAACUUUCUGACAAAAUUAGAAAUGUAUAAUAUCUGAAACUGUAGCGAGACUCUUACCCAUAUACAUGGAUGACGGCAGACUGCAACCCCGGCAGACUGCGACCCCUUUCAUUAAAUAAGACGUCCUAUGUCGUUUCUGUUUUGUUUGUACAGCUUGCUUGGCCGGUUAUGUCAAGUCACUCUGGGUCACACUGACUAUGUGCAAUGCUGUACAAAUCAUCUUAAGCUUUAACCCCCACUCAAACUCUGACCAUUUUACUCACCCUAGCAGAGCUGGUUUGGCUGUUUUCGUGUUAUCCAGGACAUUGUUGACUGUAACUGGGCUCUUGGCAACA